AUGAUCACGCUACUGCUGUUCGCCGCCAUCGCUCUCCUCCUGGCCCUUGGGAUCUGCGGGAACAGGAGAGACCCGGGGGAGCGGAGCCUCCGAGACAUCCCCGGGCCCUCGGCGCUGCCGCUCAUCGGGAACCUGGCCGAAUUCACCCACAGGCGCCUCCACAUCCGCCUCAGCGAACUGGCCAAGACCUUCGGGCCGAUUUACCGACUCCGGCUGUGGGGCCAAGAUAUCAUUGUCUUAAACUCCUUGGAUGUGAUCAAAGAAGCUCUGGUGAAGAGGUCGUCGGCGUUCGCCGGGCGUCCGAAGUCAUUUGUAGGAGAUUUCGUAUCCUUCGGCGGGAAGGACCUGUCUCUCGGGGAUUACACCCACGCAUGGAAGGUCCAGAAGAAGCUGGCGCACAGUGCAAUGCACUGGAGUCGGAAAUCGGCUCUCGAGCCGGUCGUGAUGCGAGAGGCCGAGAGGUUGUGCGAGUAUGAGAGGUGUGACCCACAACUCCAGGAGAUCCACGACUGCUUGACGGAGCUGGUUGCCCUUUGGGGCUCCUGCGCAAUCGGCCUCAUCGACAUGUUUCCUGUUCUACAGUAUAUCCCCAACUCCGCCUGGAGGGAUCUUCAGAAGGCUUUACUGAAACGGAACGCCUUUGUCCGACAACAUAUUCAGAAUCACAAGGUGAGUCAGUCUAAUAAGAGAAAAUCUGUGACAUUCCAGAAGGGAGUUACUCGGGAUAUCACCGAUAUGCUGAUGAGGACCAUUUGGGAUCUGAAGGAAGGCUCUUUGGAACAGGGUGAGGUGACGGAGGAACACAUUCACAUGAUCAUCGUGGACCUGUUUAUUGGCGGGAUGGAAACCACCUCAUCCACUCUCGGCUGGGCAAUUGCGUAUUUGGUUCACUGGCCCGAGAUCCAGGACCAGAUUUACCAGGAGAUCUGUUCCAGAGUCGGUGAGGACCGUUACCCCGAAUAUGCUGACCACAAGAAGCUGCCGCUCCUGAUGGCCACGAUUGCUGAGGUCCUGCGUCUGCGACCCGUUGUACCUUUGUCCCUGCCGCAUCAAACAACCAGCAACAGCAGUGUUGCGGGCUACUUCAUCCCCAGUGGGACCCAUGUCAUCACAAACCUGUUCGAAUCAAAUUACGACGAGAGCAAAUGGAGUGAGCCAACCCACUUCAGACCAGACCGUUUCUUGGAUGUGCCUGAGGCAGAGAAGGCAAUACAGAACGUGAUCUCCUUCGGCAUGGGCCCAAGGUCAUGCCUGGGUGAACCCUUCGCCCGUAUCGAGCUCUUCCUUUUCCUAGCGUACCUCCUGAAGGACUUUAAGUUCCUACCAGAGGAGAGUGGGAUACUCCCCAAUCUACAGUGCAUGGAGAGCAAACUAAUGAGAAUCAAACACUAUCGAGUGACGAUUGUUCGCAGGUCCAAUCUCAAACACGACUAA